UAGGGCGAACAACGACCUGGGCGGAGUGAUUUUGUCAGGACUACACCCAAGCGCCUGUCCGAUUGCAGCCGCUUCUCUUCGUUGUAUAGACCAGAAGAAAGCCGGGACGUGACGGAGCCGGGGGGUUCUGCUUGCUGGAGACCACCAAUAAAUACAGCUUCUUCAUUGCUUCUUCGUCGCUCAAGAGACGUUUGUGACCUAAGUUGACCCUUCGUAUUUUUUCAUCUUAGAACUAAUUUCACAAACAUGUCCUGGCAAAGCUACGUGGACAACCUGAUGGCUGAUGGCAGCUGCCAGGACGCGGCCAUUGUUGGUUACACGGACGCCAAAUACGUCUGGGCAUCGUUUGUCGGCGGUACUUUUGCCAACAUUACGCCUGAAGAAAUCGACGUGUUAAUAGGAAAGGACCGGAUGGCAUUCUUCACCAGUGGGAUGACCUUAGGCAAUAAAAAGUGCUCUGUAAUCAGAGACAGCCUCCUACUUGACGGCGACUGGACAAUGGACAUCCGGACAAAGAGUCAAGGAGGAGAACCAACAUACAACAUUUCUGUAGGCAAAGCCGGCAAAGCAUUGGUUUUUGUCAUGGGGAAGGAAGGUGUCCACGGAGGACAGCUCAACAAGAAAGCAUUUAUGAUGGCUGAAUACCUGAGGAAGUCCGGAUACUAAAGCAGCCUGUACCCAGCCACCUAGCAGCUCACCCUUGCCACCCUGUUGCUUUUCACACUACUUCCAGUCCUAGUUGGUAGUAACCUUUUUUUUUUUUUUUUUUUUUUUUGCCUUCUCUCCUCCCCAUUUGUUAUCCCCUAUUUUGUUAUCCUCUCAACUAUCCUCAACACACUUGGUGCUGUGUACUCUUACCCCCUUAAGCACUAUACGUUGAUCCAUAGCAAUGAUGAGCAUGUUGCUUACAUACAGGAUGUUGUGACAAAUCUGUAAUUAACCAAGACCAGCAAAAAAAAUCUGGCCAAACACUCGGGACAAUAAAGGCUAUAGUGUCAAUUUGAAGUAGACUUUUCUUUCUUUUCCCUCUGUCAUGGUGCCCAUUACUUAAUCCCUCCCAAACCCGAUCUUACACGCCCCCCUCCACAAGCAGCCGACGCCUUUUGGCGCACUUAAGUGGUAACCAAGCUCAUCACGUCUUCCGGUUUAAUUUCCCCCCGUCAUUUCCGGGAGGGGAGACCGUGGGCAUAUGUCUGUCCAUUGCCCUUUACCUCUCACACCCACCACUGUCUCUCUCUCUCUCCCCCCUGACUCCCUCCUGCCAAAAUGUUCAGUUCCUCCCCUUUCCCUGUUUCCCCAUCCUGUUCGCUCAAAGCAGGCGACACUACAAACCUCACAGGAGACUCACCUUCAUCAAAUGCUUGACACCAACCAACCAGUCCCCUAAACCCUCUCCUUUCAGAUCCACUGCUCUGUCCUGAAUACAUUUUAUAAAAGGGUAAUGUGUGUGUGUGCGUGUGUGUGCGUGUGUGUGUGUGUGUGUGUGUGUGUGUGGGGGGGGGGUGCUUAGAUCGGCUCAGCUGACGAUCAUGAGCCGGAUUUGCAAGUGUUAAGGUCGUCCAGAUGCUGGUAGCCUCUUCUCCCCGACUACACGAAAACCCCAUGGACAUUCCACCGUAACAAUGGCUCAGGCACUUAAUACUGUUUUUGUUUGCCAGCUCCUGUAAUAUAUAUAUUUUUUUCUUUUUUUGAAAGGCUGCCAUUUUCGGACAGUAGAUAUCCCAGCAUAUAACCAUCUGGAGCUUGUCCAGUUAGAUUUUUUUUUUUUUUUUUUUUUUAUAGGACCAAGUGUAGUCAAAGCUCUGGUGUUUAUACAAUUGCUCUAAAUCAUGUGAAGGAUGACUGCUAACCUUUUCUGAUGAAGGAAAAACUAACCAGACAAUAAUGCUUACAAUGAUUAAACAUAUGAAGCUACAGGGGAGGUAAGGGUGGGAGUAUAUGUAGAAAAUUCUCACUGCAUUGUUUUUUUUUUUUUUAUUAAAAAACGACUGCAUUUGUACAAACCCAUGCUGUGUUGAACUACAAAACUGUGGAAUGAAUUGCCUUUUACUUUAGUCAGCUGAGCUCUGGGGGAUAACACGGUCUGUCCACGCUCAGUACUGCUAACUGUAACGUCCAAAUGACAAAAAACACUUUAAAAAGUAGAAAUGACACUCAAUGGGAGGUGGGAUUGGUUGGAACAAAGACUCUAAUGGUUGUCUUGUUGAAAUUGAACUGCAGAACCUGUGUAUCCUGUGCCAUAAUAUAGAGAGAUCUGUUGUAAGAUGGAUUUUACCCACUGUCCACUAAAGUCAUUUUAUUGGCACUUCUUUUUAGCUACAGCUCCACUGUUUAGGCCUUGUGGGAUAUGUGUACUCAAAAAAACAGUUUCAAGUCCUGUUUGCUGAUUUGUGUUAAUUUCCUUUUUUCUCUCACUUUUUUUUUUUUUUCUUACAUCUGGGAUACAGUCUCUUCAAUGCAUCUGAUUUCAUAUGCAUAAAACCAUGAAAUGCCAUAAAUUGAUUUAUCACCUUGUUUACAGACAGAUCAAAUAAAUUUAUUCCAACCAGA